GUGUGACGCGCCUCCUUGAAAGCAUGCAGUUUCAGUUCCCAGAUUUCUUUUCACUCGUACUCUGACCAAAAUCAAGAAUGAGCCUGCGCCGAUUUGCCCAGGCUAAUAAUGCAGCAAAUACUCCAGGGUCACCACUUUCUCUGUCGCCCCGGCUGAAUGGUGGCACUCAGACACCGGUCACACCUCGCACUCGCGUGUCUUAUGUUAAUUCCCCAUCUUCUACCCCUUCAAUAUCUUCCUCCACGCCAUUCGACUGGGAUGCUGCACGUUCAAGGAGACCACCACCUUACGCUUCGCCUCUUAGCGCAAAGCGUAAAUCUCGCAUGAGCACCGUUCCGGAUGGGAGCAGGCCAAUACCAAAGAAGGUUGUGAAAAAGAAAGGCAUGGUUGAGAGAAUCACAGCGCUACCUUCACAGAUUAUGUUCGAGAUCUCAUUAUUUCCUCACAACCUCCCCAUGCCGGCUCCAAAGACCACAGGGUGGCUCAUUGGGUCCACCAUGCACCUGCUGCACCUUUGUCUGCGUGUAUCUCAGGUACGCGCCACAGCUGACUCAGACAUCGGUUGGGAAGACUUGUACUGGGAACGUAGCCAGCAAAGCUGGUUUGACUGGACCAUUCCGAUGACGGGUGUUCUAUUGGUUACCUCAAUUUUGAAUGCAAUGCACCUAUUUACGCAAAGCAAAACAUAUCGCCUUCAUCGUCGAACCAAGGGAGACCCCGUGUCUUCGCCUCACACCACGUUUGUAACCUCUCCCGUACGUGUGCGACCCGAUGAGCCUUCUCCGAUAGCCUCCUUCAAAACGCGCAUACUCCGCGUGAUAAAAGCCGUUAUACUUUUCCUAUGGAACUGUUUUAUUUCCUUCUGGAAAUUCCUGCUUGGUAUCUCCACUGCCACACCUUCAUCGUCCUCACCUGCCCGAGGUGCCCCUGCAGAUCAGAUUCAACAACUUGAGGUCUGGACUCCAGGCGAGCUUGAGCGCGUGCUUCUGAGCAUUUAUUCCCCUGUUCAUGCUCUUAUUUGGAUGUCUACGGGUCCUACAAAUUGGAUACUUAUGACGGCUGUGAUGGGUGCCGUGGGGGUUCAAACUAGCCUUCUCGUGCAGGCUUAUGAGGGGCUUGUGAAGGACCGUGCCAUUCUUGCAGCUGAAGUCAUGCAUGAAUAUAACGAAGGGUUCGUAUAUCCGCGAAUGAAUACUGUGAAGAAAGACGUCGCUGUCAUGACGCAUCAAUCGGAGAUGGUAAACGUCUGGGAAGAUUAGUGAUCGCACACCACCAUCCUAGACAUAGCUACAUCAUGCAUCAGAAAGUAUACCUGACGCUAAUAUCAUUCCUGUAUGUAGAUUGAACCAUCACCAGCCAGCGCAUUCACCAUGAUAGCCUGCACCCAAGUUAGUCCCGAAACUUGAUAUACAUAUUAAUUUACGCAUUUGCCAGUCUCUUGUCCCAGCUGUCAUCCCCAGCUCGUAUGGUACCAGUCGUACCUCAGCCUGAAACACUUGCAUACUAUUGUUCACCUACGUCACUCUCUUUCAAUCAUAUUGCUCUGAAAUUCAGGCACAAUGGAGGACUGGAAACUUAAUGUAGUCUACAGUAAUAACGAAGUCGCGGUGGGAGCGUUAGUCGCGGAGUACUUAUGUC